AAACUGGAUGAAAUGCCAUUUUGCACAAAGCCUUGCUAAGGAUGUUCUAACCGAUGUCGUUGAGGCAGAGAUUGAAUCGUUUCGUAUUCAGAUACUACACCAUGCUCAAGUCACUACGCUUCAGCCACAAGGCACAGUAUGUUACAAAUGCAUGACUCCUAAUGUUAUCAAAUGCCCUACAAAGACAGUGUGCAAAACAAAACAUAAAGGCUGUAAAUUUCACAACAGUGUCGCUCUCAGUAACAGAAGAUGUCCAACAAACGGCAUGUGUGAUAGUGUAUGCAAAUCGAUCAUCGACAAUCAUCGUUUUAAUGGACCUUCCUGGAAAAAUACGGACGCAACCCAAUGGUGCACGAUCGCGUGGUCGAUCGCUAAAUGUUACAUGCCCCCAGAUGGUUAUGAGAAUGUGAACACGGCUCGUGAUACCGAUUUUAACGGCAUCGUGAAUAUCAUCAUCAACUGUAUAAAAUUCCAAAAGUACUUCAAAGACGACCUAAGCAAAUCUGCCAACAUAUGUACAAAGGUUACAGACAAGUGCAAAACGCUAAGACAUUCUCCUACUAUGACGAUUUCUGGUGACGAGAUGUAUCAUUUUAUAGACACCCUUGUGGGCAUUCAAAAUGAUUCAGUAAACGUGAACAAUCAUUCUAAAUUUGCUGAGACAAGCCAGAAACUACUUAAGUUGAAAACAGAUGCAUUGGGGGUUUCUGCAACUGACAUGAACAGAAUGUUAGAAGAUGCGCUAUUAAACCUAACCACUAUGUUCAAGAGCUGCAGCGAUAUAAAGCUCGAGGACCGCGACUUUUUAAAAUUACAACAUAUGCUCAAUGUGGCAGACACGUUGCACAAUCUCACUGGGGAUGUUCGAAACCGCAUAGAGCAUGCUCUUUCUGAGGAAAAUAAUGAAACGGCGUCGUCGAACAAAACGAUUGGCGCUGUUGCGGCUAUUGUCGCAGGGGUUGCAGGAAUAACAGCGGAAUCAAUAAGUGUCGGCGGAGCUGGACCUGCGUCGAUAGAAACCAGCGAGGUCAUGACUCCAGCAUUUCAAGCAUUUACAGAAGAACCCAGCAUGGUCAUGUUUGAAGCAUUAACAGAAACAUCAAUUAGUGUCGGCAGAGCUGGACAUGAGUCAAUAGGAGCCAGUAUAGCAGCACCUGCGUUUGCUGGAUCCAAGCUGCUUGCCUUUAGUUUGGCAGUAAUGGGCACGUUAGCAUCACUAUAUGUCUGGUGUCGAUUCCGUGAGCCAGUUCAAAACGAAAGGAUAACACAAGAGCCCUCAAUGCCAGAAGUAAACGAUCUACAUCAUAUUAGAUAUUUGCAAGAAAGGGCUAUUUCAUUACGGGAACAAGUUCAACAACUGGUUGACCAAAGUCAUUAAAAGCACGCCAAAAACAAUUCAAUUUAAUCAAAAAUUGCAAAAGGUCUUCUGAAGAAAAUUAAUUUCCAUUAAGGGAAAUAUAAACUAAGAAUUGUUUUUUUUUAAACACGCUAUUUUAACAACAUUUUAAUGUGUUUAUGUGCGACGCUCUUGAAUUUUUUUUAUAAAUUAGACUACUUUUGGUACAAAACUUAGUGAAUCUAGAUGUAAUAAUUGGUGAUGCUGCUGCUCUUGUUUAUUAUAUUCUAGCAUCAGAGACAUGGCAUUCGGUUUUUGUGAAACGGAUUGUGCAUGAAGUCACUGUUUUAAUAUACAAAUGCAAAUACAGUAACUUAAGUUUUACGCAUGGGCGUGCAAGAGUACGGCGAAAAAACCUAUAUGGUCUUCGACGGUGGACAAUAGGUUGGGACCUUUUAUUAAAAAAUACAUAAAAACCAAAUUUACGUCUU